AUGGCCAGUGGAGCUGCCAGUGGUCAAAUGAAUGCUGCAAACUGCCUUUCCACUAUUACGGUACCAGCUGCCAAGCAUUGUGGAACCCAACUUGCACCCAACAUCGUAGAGCAGAAUCCCCAGGAAGUCCCUUCGGCAGGCAACAAUGACGACAAUGUUUCCUGCACAGGCCAUGACCAUGAUGAAGACCCCUACACGAGCGAAUCCAUUCGCCAUAUCAUGACCAAGAAGGAGAAUGACCGCAUCAAGAUGUUCAGGCUCAUGGUACUUGGAAUGCUGAUCAUGACAGCAGUGGUCACCAUUGUGGCAAAGGUCUUUCUGGGCCAGCAGGAGAACAGAAACUUUGAGACAGCUUAUGGCCAGUUUGCUAGGACUCUUGCAGAUGCUGCCCUUGAACAGCAGCAGAGCCUCCGAGCUUCCUGUAGGAGCCUCGCCAAUGAAAUCACGGCCUAUGCACAACAGACCAACCAGAGUUGGCCCUAUGUGGAUCUGCCUCUGUUUGAGAGCUAUGCCAAGGGAUUCUUUGACCACAGCAAGGCUGAGUUUAUUGGUGUUCAGAACCUUGUGAAGCCAAAUGAAACAGAUGACUUUAUCAAUUGGACCACAGCUCACUACAAGGACUGGGCUAGUGAAGCCCACACCCUUCGUUAUGGAAAUACUGACCUCCUCAACACUGAUCCAACCCGAUACAAUCAGUAUAUCUCUCAGAAAGGCCCUAACAAAACAUAUCCUCCCGACCAAGACCGUCCUUACUAUGCUGUUCGUAUCAUGCAAUCUCCUCCCAUGCGUGCCUACGGUCCUACCUUGAAUCUGAACAUAGCCACGAUUCCUGGUAUCCAAGCUAUUCAUAAUGCCCUCCUGGAACUCAAGUAUGAGACACUUGUUACACGCAUCAAGCCAUUCAAUGCAGUCCCCGCAGAAGAACACCAAAACUUCCAUACCGACUCUGAGGCCGACAACCCUCAUUCUUUCAUGUUCACUCCAAUUUGGCGUGAAGUUCAAAAUCCAAACAGUGGCAUUGUUGGAACACUUUCUUCCAGUGUUGCAUGGGAUGCCAGUAUGCAAGAUUUGCUGCCUGAGACUGUAACGGGUAUCUUGUGUGUUGUCCGCAAUGACUGUGGGCAAGAGUUCACCUACACGGUGUCUGGAAAAGAAGCCUUCUACCUUGGUCCAGAAGAUCGUCAUGAUCCCAAGUUUGACGCCUUGGCGGUCCCUGUUGAGCUUGGCUGGCAUACACACCCAAACUUCACCACAACACCAGGUCAUUGUCAAUACACCAUGAUUAUCUACCCAACUGAUGAGUUCAAAGAUGGCUACACCACUGCCCUGCCAGCUACUUUUGCGAUUGUUGUUGCUUGCACAUUUUCGUUGGUGGCCAUUGUAUUCUUCAUUUAUGACUACUUUGUUCAACGACGAAAUCUGGAGCUGGCUCAAGAUGUGGCGCGAUCGGACAAGCUCGUGUCAUCUCUCUUCCCUGGUGAAAUCAAAGAUAAGCUCUUGGCACAGCAGGAUGUGGGAGACAUCAAGGGAAGGAAGGGGGCAGUCCCUGGACUCCCUGGCAGCGGCGGCCUCAUGAACCAGCCAGACCUAACUUCCACGCAACUUGCCAAGGCUUAUCCACACACAACGGUGUUCUUUGGAGAUCUUGCAGGUUUUACUGCAUGGUCCAGCACUCGAAAGCCCGACCAAGUCUUUGAGCUCCUUGAAACUCUUUACAGUGCCUUUGAUGCCAUUUCAAAGAAAAGGCGUAUUUUCAAGAUUGAAACAAUUGGUGACUGCUACGUUGCUGUCUGCGGGUUGCCGAAUCCCCAAACAGACCAUGCCUCCAGAAUGGUCCGUUUUGCAGACGAAUGCAUGUCCCAGAUGAACAUUCUGACCACAGAGCUCUCUGUAACUUUGGGUGCUGAUACAAGCAAUCUUCAACUGAGGGUUGGCUUGCACUCUGGGAGUGUCACUGGUGGCGUAUUGCGUGGUGACAAGAGUCGCUUCCAGUUGUAUGGUGAUACUGUUAAUACGGCUGCUCGCAUGGAAACUAACGGAGUCCCAGGAAGAAUCCAUGUAUCUCAAGUCACUGCUGAUGAGAUCCUAUCUCUGGGCAAGAAGAACUGGUUGACCCCUCGGGAGGACAAGAUUGUGGCCAAAGGAAAAGGUGAAAUGGACACAUACUUUGUUGCAAUUCUGGCAAAUCCGGCAUCGUCAACAGUCUUUUCACAGACUGACACAGAGUCCCUUGAUGAUACCGACGUCAACCCUUUGGAUGUCAGUGCAUUGUCCGUCUAA